AUGUGGCUGCGACCCACCUCUUCUGACUCCGAUUGCAGUCAACGGCUCUUUGAGAGUGAGACUGCUCUCCUCCGCUGGUUUUCCUCACACUCCGCGGUGCCCGCGCCCCGUCUUUUGCAUAUCCUGCCAAGUAACACCGAGACCCCUCGGAAUGCUUUCGUCACGCAGGGUAUGACUGGUGAACACAUCAAAGACUUAUACCCGAUGCUGUCUUCAUGGGCAAAAGAGCAACUGGUGCGGUCAUAUGCGGAUUUCGCACUCAAGUUGUUCGACAUUGAUAUCCCACAAACGAUCGGCUCUAUCUCUGUCAUGAGUUCCACGGAUGAGCUCAUGGUAAUACCGCGGAUUUGCAGUGCUAAUCACGCCCAUGCCUCAAAGGUCUUUCCCACUUUGCAAAAAUACCUCGAAUACCUUUCCAUAUUGAAGAAAAGGCGAACAUUCACUUUAGACACAGGGGAAGAAAAUAGGUUCCGAGCGCAAGCAUCCAUAUCACAAUUAAUUGCGCACCUGCGGGGGCACUUGACCCAACUCGAUGAACGGUGUGUUCGUCGCAUGGUGCUGGCACACGACGGACUGGGAGACAUGAAUCUCAUGGUUGAUUCCUCCGGUAACAUCACUGGUAUCUUAGACUGGUGGAGGAAUUCGACAUUACCUGCUAUACUCGCUGCGGAUUAUCCCCCCUGGCUCAGAUAUGAUGGAAUUAACGACCCUCGAUUUGCUACUCCGAGGACAUCGUGGAUAGAAACACAGGAAGAAAGUGCAAGGCUGCGAAAAAUAUACCAGGGGGCUGUGAAAAGCAAUGACUUUUACUACACAGCACUAAUGCAAGGCGCUCAGUUACGGGCGGCUGUAGGUUGGGUAUUUGACAUCGAAGAUGACCCGUGCUGUGCAAGAAUGAGACAGUGGACGCUGAGCACUUUUGGUCCCCAAUUGGAAGCCCCUCAAAUGAUAGUCAGUGCAUCACUACAUAGCUGCUGGGUCUUUUAUCUGCUGUGCGGGGUCUAG